ACGAAGAGAUCUUUCCCCUCCGUUGUCAGAAAACAACACAUGGGAAUGGAAGUUUAAAACGUGUUUGUUCGACUCAACCAUAGACAUUACCACUAGUUAUGCAGACACUGUCAGCCAAACAAUUGGAACGUAAAGAACGCAAGAAACAAAAACUAGCCGCUUUGGCCAACUUGAUCAAAUCCAACGACAAGGACAGAAAGGAACAAAUUGACGAAGAAACUAUGACUAGGGCUGAUAAGGAAAUUGCAGCUGGCCAAACAAAUGGUACAGAGGAAGGUGAUGCUGAUGGCUUUACCAAGGUAACACAUAAAAAGAGUAAAAAGAAAGCACAGACCAAUAACGAUGAAGAGCCAGCCAUGAAAAAAUCAAAACAAGAAAACGGGGACAGUGUAAACGAGGAAGCUGAAAAGGUUAACUUAACUGAGGAUCAAUACAAACAACUGCAGAAAGAACUGCGCGAGAGAAAACGGGCAUUGGAAAGUGUCCCAUAUUUUAGGCUGCGUGAAUCUGGAGAAAAGGCACUGCUGAGCUAUGGAGACAACGAAAGACGGCCUAUCUUUCUGACAGAUAUCCAGCAUCUGGUAAUGUCAGCAUUGCUGGGCAAAAAAUCACCAUGCAAACCAGAACGCUGGUGUUUUUUCGACAAGCCAGAAAAAGUAUCCCACACUGUAGUUCUCUGCCUGGAUGGUCUCUCACUGUUUCACUAUCUAUCCAAUAAGGAUAAAUUUGAGAAGAUCGAUAGUAUUUUUGAAACCAGCUUAGAUGUUCUUAUGCCACCAAACACUAAAGAAGAUGGUUUCUUAAUGGCUGAGGAAUUGGUGCAAGUACCGAUGACGAACGUGCAGGCCUAUAAUUUUGUGGAAAAAUAUGGCUCUCUGGAAGCUGCCAUAGCGCUGAACAAAGAUCCGACUUUAGUUAUUAAAUCGAUUUUUCCUGUGGAAAACUCUGAAGUGGACAAAGAAGCAAAUGACUUACAUCCGGAUGAUAAAUUUCCAAGAACUAAGCUUCUGCUAUCGGCAUUGCAAAUGGUGGAAGAAGGCUAUCCAUUGCCGCUGCGAGGGGAACUUAGCAAACAGUUCCGAACUUACGUACUUACCAAGAAAAAAUAUGCUCCCGUAACAAAUCGCAGUCCACUUUUUGGUGUCGAUUGUGAAAUGUGUCACACAACAAGUGGCGUCAAUGAACUGACCCGAAUUUCAAUCGUUAAUGAAAAGUAUGAAACUGUCUACGAGUCAAUGGUGCGGCCAGAUAAUAAAAUCAUAGAUUAUCUAACACAAUAUUCGGGUAUUACCGAGGAAAUGAUGAAGUCAGUUACAAAACAACUCAACCAAGUUCAAAAAGAAGUUUGCGAGAUUCUUCCGGAUGAUGCAAUUCUAGUGGGUCACUCUUUGAAUUUCGAUUUGAAUGCCAUGAAAAUGAUGCAUCCCUAUGUUAUUGACACUAGUAUCUGUUUCAAUUUAACGGGUGGCAGAGCUAAAUCUAAACUUAAAAAACUUGCCUUGGAAUUUCUCAAGGAAAAUAUUCAAGAAGGUAUGGGUGGUCACGAUUCGACGGAAGAUUCAAUAUCAUGUUUGAAGUUACUCAAAUUAAAGUUAGCCAACAGUUUGGAAUUUGGUGAUGAACAUUUGUUGCAAAAAAAGAGACUGCAAGAAAUAAUGAUGGCCGCCAGUGGUGAGGCUGUACGAAACAACAUGUUGGCCCAUGCCUCAAAACGGGAUAAACGCACUGCCAUAAUAACGAGCAAACCAUUGCCAAACAUUGUAAAAGAAUUACUUCAAAAAGCUGAGGAAGCCUUCCCCAAUGAGUCGACCAAGGUUGUGACAGUUGAUGAGGUCAAUUCCAACAAAGAUGCUGUGCGAAAGUGCCGAGAGAUUCAACUGGAAAAUGCCCUCACAAUAUGUAAUCUUCGUAUAGCACCAGAAGAUUUACUUAGUGCCACAUUUGAAGAUACCGUUGAAAAAAUCAACAAAUGGGUUUCGAAAAUCUGGAAGUCCAUGGCCCACAAAGGUCUGCUUGUACUAUUAAUGGGUGGUGCCAAAGAUUGUUCUUCUGGCGUUGCCAAAAUAUGUAUAAAGAAAAAUAAAGCUGAAGUUGCUGCUGAACACGAGUUGUCGGUGUAAGAUAAAAUAAAUCCCUUUGACUUUUGUGUACUAUGUUAUAUGAUUUAUGUUUAAGAACUAUAGAAAAUAAUUACAAAUCCAGAUCACAGUACCUUUUUGUAAAAUGUACAGGAGUUUAUAGGAGGCAUAAACGGAAAUAAAAUAUUUCGUUUUGUUAAUAUACAUUUGGCAAAGAAUACAUUUUGCAUGAAAUUUCGAAAA